AUGGCGGCGAAAUUCUCCACGGUGGACAAAUGCGACCCCACGGGGCGGGAGAAGCACACGGUGGUGGCCGACAUGGACGGGACCCUCCUCAUCGGCCGGAGCUCCUUCCCCUACUUCGCCCUCGUCGCCUUCGAGGCCGGCGGCGUCCUCCGCCUCCUCCUCCUCCUCCUCGCCUCCCCACUCGCCGCCCUCCUCUACUACCUAGUCUCCGAGCGGGCCGGCAUCCAGGUCCUCAUCUUCUCCGCCUUCGCCGGGAUGAGGGUCGCCGACAUCGAGUCCGUCGCACGCGCCGUCCUCCCCAAGUUCUACACCUCCGACCUCCACCCGGACUCCUGGCGGGUCUUCGGCGCGUGCGGCAGGCGCGUCGUCCUCACCGCCAACCCGAGGAUCAUGGUCGAGGCCACGCUCCGGGACUUCCUCGGCGCCGACCUCGUCUUGGGGACCGAGAUCGCCACGUUUCGGGGCCGGGCCACCGGGUUGGUGAAGGGCAAGGAAGGGGUGCUGGUCGGGGAGAGUAAGGCGCACGCGCUGAAGGAGGCGCUUGGGGAGGACUGUCAGCCGGAGGUUGGGCUCGGCGACCGGCAUACCGACGAGCCGUUUAUGGCGCUUUGCAAGGAAGGGUUCAUGGUCCCACCAAACCCGGAAGUCCGACCCGUCUCUGCCGACAAGCUCCCGAAACCGAUCGUCUUCCACGACGGGCGCCUGGUCCCGAAGCCGACCCCACUGAUCGCCCUGCUCACCAUCCUCUGGAUCCCGAUUGGCUUCCUCCUCGCCUGCCUCCGCAUCGCCGCCGGCUCCCUCCUUCCGAUGCCCCUAGUCUACUACGCCUUCACCGCCCUCGGCGUCCGCGUCAUCGUCCGCGGCCAGCCCCCACCACCGCCACAAAAAUCCUCCGGCAAAUCGGGGGUUCUCUUCGUCUGCUCCCACCGCACCCUCCUUGACCCGAUCUUCCUCUCCACCGCCCUCGGCCGCCCCAUCCCUGCUGUCGUGUACUCCGUCUCCCGCCUCUCCGAGUUCAUCUCUCCUAUCAAGACCGUUCGCCUCAACCGCGACCGUGUCGCCGACGCCGCCAUGAUUAGGAAGCUCCUCGAGGAAGGAGACCUAGUGAUUUGCCCCGAGGGGACCACGUGUCGGGAGCCGUUCCUGCUGAGAUUCUCCGCGCUUUUCGCGGAGCUGACGGACCACAUCGUCCCCGUGGCCAUGGUCAACCGGAUGAGCAUGUUCCACGGGACCACGGCCAGGGGUUGGAAAGGGAUGGACCCUUUCUACUUCUUCAUGAACCCAAGCCCGGCCUACGAGGUGACGUUUCUGAGCAAGCUACCGCUGGAGCUUACGUGCGGGUCGGGCGGGAAAUCGAGUCACGAGGUGGCAAAUUACAUACAGAGGGUGAUCGCCGCCACACUGUCGUAUGAGUGUACGAGCUUCACGAGGAAGGAUAAGUACAGGGCGCUAGCCGGGAACGACGGGGUCGUGGCGGAGAAGGCCAAGACUCAGCUCCAGGCUAGAGUCAUGGGUUGCUAGCUAAUUCAUUUUAAAUACUUUUUUUAUUGUAAUAAUGAUAAUUGUUAAAAGAAAUAAUUGGUAGCCGGAGCGGAUGGGUCGAAAAAGGGCGCGUCAAAUGUGAUAUCACCCAUGAAAACUGGUUACUUGCUGGACUCUUUCCUUUUUCAGUGAAAACUGAGUAACUUUAUUUUUCUCUUCUGGAAAUAUAGUUUCGGUGUUUACACCAAAAUAAAUUUCAUUAAUUACCACAUGGAUUAUUGUGC